GCGCUGUUUGUUCUUGGUCUAAGCGCGGGUGGGCGCUGGGCUUGAGAGCAGAGCGCGGAUGGAUGCGCUUACUGCUGCUGCGCUCCACACGGGACGUGAAGUUCGGAUAGCUGUCUGAAUGAACGCGUUUCAUUCCUCCGCACCAUGGGAGACGGUUUACCGUCCGUAAACUACAGUAAUGAAUCUAAACGCGCCACAGUGGACCUAAACUCUCCGGGCGUGUCGGAACAGUGGGUCGCCGGAAUGGGAAUCGUCAUGGGUCUGAUAGUGUUUAUUAUUGUAGUGGGAAAUAUAUUGGUUAUAGUUGCCAUAGCCCGGAACCAGAGACUUCAGACGCUGACCAACGUUUUUAUCGUCUCUCUGGCGUGCGCGGACCUCAUCAUGGGUUUACUUGUGGUGCCAUUUGGCGCAGCGUUGGAGGUCAGAGGCACAUGGAUGUAUGGAUCGUUCUUCUGUGAAUUUUGGAUAUCUGUUGAUGUACUUUGCGUAACGGCGAGCAUAGAGACGCUGUGCGUAAUCGCCAUCGAUCGGUACAUCGCCAUCAUCUCUCCAUUCCGUUACCAGAGCCUGUUGACAAAAGCAAGGGCCAAGGGGGUGGUCUGUGGAGUUUGGGCUAUCUCAGCCCUCGUCUCCUUCCCACCCAUCCUUAUGCACUGGUCCCGGGACAGCGAGGAGACGUCCUGCUACGACAAUCCUGAAUGUUGCGACUUUGUCACCAACCGCGCAUACGCCAUCUCCUCAUCCGUCAUAUCUUUUUACAUCCCUUUAGUGGUUAUGAUAUUCGUGUACGCAAGAGUGUACAGAGAAGCCAAACAGCAACUAAACAAAAUUAAUAAAUGCGAGGGAAGGUUUUAUAACCACGGCUGCAAAGCCAACAGGAAAAGGACGACAAAAAUCCUUGCUUUAAAAGAGCAGAAGGCGCUGAAAACGCUGGGAAUAAUCAUGGGUACGUUCACGCUCUGUUGGCUGCCGUUUUUUAUCGUGAACGUGGCGCGCGUGUUUUGCGCACGAGUGGUGGAUAAGGAGCUCUUCGUCUUUCUUAACUGGCUCGGGUACGUGAACUCCGCCUUUAACCCGAUCAUAUACUGCCGGAGUCCGGACUUCAGGAAAGCCUUCAAGAGACUGCUAUGUUGCCCGAAGCAGGCGGACCGCAGGCUGCACGUGAGCUCGUGCGACCUGUCGCGCUGCACCGGCGGCUUGAUGGACCAGAGUAUGUUGCCCACGUGGUCCGAGUGUAACGGCGCGGACAGCGACUGCAGCCUCGAGCGCAAUGCCAAAUUGUCCCGUUCCGAGUCACAACUGUAAUAAACAAUACUUCUGUCAGGUCUUUUCGUUUAAAAAAAACUUUUCAUUUUAGACACAACCAGUUGUUCAGAUCUGAAAUUGAGUAUUUGGGGAAAAUUAGAAAUAAAUAUGGUUUGAAAUGUUUUGGAAGACUGUAUAGUUUUACUAGAAAUACCAUGGUUAAACUAUAGAAAAUUUGUGAUUUGAUUUUUACUGCGGGUUACCACAGACAAAACCAAAUUAAAACAUAGUUACACUGUUAAACAUUUCUGUAGAAAUUACAGUAUUACUGGCAGCUGUAUUACUGCCAGUAUUUUACUGUAGAUUAAAAUUUAUGUUAUUUACUGGCAACAGUUUCUUCAAAGUUAAAUGAACAUUAAACAUAAACAAGUUUUUAUCUCCACAGAAAAACAUUCUUUUCAGAAUAAAACUAUAAAAUAACAGCCUCAUACAAAGCAUCUAAAGAAAAUAAAUAGAAAACGGUUGAUGAAGAUUUUUGGUUGCCAGAAUGCUUUGCAUGAUUCUGUUAUUUUAUAAUUUUAUUCUGUUAAGACAAACACUUGUUAAUGUUUAAUUUUCAUUUAACUUUUUUCAGUAAAUAACAUUAUUUACAAUAUUUAUAAAUCUAGAGUAAGUUACUGGCAAAUAGCCGCAUAAGUACAGUAACUUUUUACGGUGUAAUUUUAAAGGUUUUAUAGGAAAAUUCAUCACGUUUUGAUAUAUUUAAAGUGUCAUAAAAUGUUUCUGGCAGAUUGAUUAUUACGUUUAUAUUUUUAUUACAAAUUAAAAUAUGGUUAUUACAAAUACUUACUAUAGUUUUACAACAAAUAUCAUUGUUAAACUAUAUGGUUACCUUGGUAAAACCAUGGCUCAUUGAGUAAUGAAAACCUUAUUGAAAUUAUCCAUGGUUUUAUAAAAGCAAAAAUGUAGUAACCAUGUUUUUUGGAGAGUUCGUGCCAUUUUUAUUACAAAAAAAAUGUUUUACUACAAAUUUCAUGGUUUUAGUGAUAACUUAUUAAAUGUAUUUACUAUGGUUUGAUUACAAAUACCAUAAUCAAACCAUGGUUACCUUUUUGUAAGGGUUGAGCCUACAUAGUUUAUAAUGUUUAAUUCACAAAUGUGUAAUUUUGCAUCUUAUUUUACCUCAUACUUGUAUAAUGCACACAUUGUACAAGGAUGAAGUUGUUUAUAUUAAACAAUUUGUUAAAAUGUACAGUAUUUAUUUGAUGCAUUGUACAGCAUAAGGAAAUGGUAGCCUAAGUGAUAAAAAUGUUAAAAAUAUCUGUGAUUUACUUGCACCUUAUUUUUGUUUCAAAAUGAGCAUCUUGCAUUAAUAUCCAUUCUUUCUCUCAGUGACAAAUAUUAUUGGAUUUUCUAAUUGAAACGCACACAUAUAUUUUUGGGAAAGUUUUGUUAUAAAUAUAUAAAUAAUAUUGUCCUCCCAAAAGUGGCAUUUUUACAGAAAUAACUUGUGUACCAGUGGCUCCUGUGAAGUGUUAUUAUUCAAGUUUGUUUUGUUGACAUCAUGUUGGCUAGUGUGCAAUAAAUGUCAUGUUGUGAAAAGGCACGCUGCUUUUGUAACUACUUCAUCAUAAAGAUCAUGUCUAUGCCCACAGGUCUUUAAAUUAUUUUUAGAUUUGAAUGAAUUACUCAGAUUGAAACCAAGAUACAGUUUUCACUAAUGUAUACCAA